UAGCAAUAAACAUAAAAAGAGAGUAAAAAGGGUAUAUAUAUAGCAAAACCAAAUCCAAAUCAUCAUAAGUUGAACUACUUUCCCUCCCUUCCCCUGUUAUUCCCAAGAAUAACCACCCUCACAAGAUAUACUCUUUCUUUCUUUCUUUCUUAAGCAUCAUUUUGCCUCUUUUUUAUUCCCAUUCCCUGUUUUUUCCUUCUUCUUCUUCUUCUUCUUCUUCUUCUUCUUCUUCUUCCUGGGCUAUCUCAAACAUUCUAUGACGUGAAUUAAGGAAUCCUCCAUUUCUAAGGGCUCUCUUUUCAUUCUCCUGAAACCCCAUACAUAACUGCAGCCGGCCUGCAGGGAGAGCUCUUAGAUUUUCGACCGAAAUGACCAUCCCAGAAGAAGAAAUUCAAAAAACCCAGAAGAACCCAGAAACAGAAUUUGAAAAUGAAUUCAAUAAAUUGGGAAUUAAAACGAGUGAACCAUCUCCAAGAGGUGUGCUGGAAAUCCCAAUUUCAGAUGGCUCCUCUGUUUCAGAUAGUCCAACAAGCAGCAGCAGUAGCAGCAGUUGCAAUUCUUCUUCCACUGAAAAACCAUCUUCCCCUAAAACGACGAGCGGAGGAGGAGGAGGAGCAUUAUUCAAGCCAUUAAGUUAUGGAGUUCAAUUUAAAGGGUUUAUUGAUAUAAUGAAGAGAAAAUCUGGGGUAAAAAGGCUUUCCAACACCACUAUUAAUCUACUGAGUAACUAUGAUCUUUCUGCCAAGAGUCUCCGUAAAAAAUUGGCUAGAAUUCGCAGCGCGGAGGCAAGUAUUGAUUGCGGUCUUUUUUCGGCGGCUAAGCCUUCUUGGAGGAAUUUUAAGUAUUCAGAGCUUGCAGUUGCAACAGACCAUUUUAGUCCUGGGAGGUUACUAGGGAAAGGGGGGCAUGCAGAAGUGUACGAAGGGUGUUUACCUGACGGUACACUUGUAGCUGUGAAGAGACUGACGAAGAAGGGAGAAACGGAAGAUGAGGAGAGAACUGCUGAUUUCUUAUCAGAGCUUGGAAUCAUUGCCCAUGUUGACCAUCCAAACAGUGCUAGGCUUGUUGGAUUUGGCGUUGAAGGUGGCCUUUACUUGGUUCUUCAGUUUGCUAGGAACGGCAGUGUUGAGUCUUGUCUUCAAGGACCCUCAGGAGGUUUGGAUUGGACGACAAGGAUCAAGGUAGCUGUAGGAGUGGCAGAAGGAUUAAGUUACCUCCAUCACACUUGCCAGAGGCGAAUAAUUCACCGAGAUAUCAAAGCCUCAAAUAUACUCCUUGAUGAAGACUAUGAGCCAUUGAUAUCUGAUUUCGGUCUAGCAAAAUGGCUCCCUGAAAAAUGGCUUCACCAUGUAGUGUAUCCUAUUGAGGGCACAUUUGGCUAUCUGGCUCCAGAAUACUUCAUGCAUGGCAUUGCUGAUGAGAAGACAGAUGUAUUUGCAUAUGGUGUGCUCUUAUUGGAAAUCAUAACAGGCCGUCAUGCUGUUGCUGUUGGCUCCAGUCGACAAAGCCUCGUGAUGUGGGCAAAACCUUACCUUGAGUCACGGAACAUUAAGGAAAUAGCAGACCCGAAAUUGGGUGACAAUUAUGACACAGAGGAAAUGGAACGUGCAAUGGCAAUAGCUUCAAUGUGCAUUCAUCAUACACCUAGCAACCGCCCCUUCAUGAACGAAGUUGUGGAGCUACUUCAGGGAGAGGGUACAGCGUUAGUUGAACAGAUACAGGAGAAGUCGGUAUCCCAAAGAUCGGUUAUGCUGGACGCUUGUGACUUGGAAAACUACACUUGCUCGAACUACCUCCAGGAUCUCAAUCGACAUAAGGAACUAAUCAUGGAGUGAUGUCCCUCUCGAGUUUUCUUUUUGUCUUUGGUUAUCCCUCUUUUGUUUUUUUUCUUUUCUAUGGGAUGAUACUGAUGCUGCAAAUAAGUAAUUUGCUGGGCAUCUAAGGCUAUAUUCCUUCAAUUCCUAGGUUGUUGAGUUUAAAUAUUAAACUAACACACCAUUGUGAAGUCUAGAGGUUAUAAGUCUAUGGUUGUCAUAAAGUAGAAAAGUUCAAGGUCUCGCGUCCAUCACUCAAGAGGAAAGAAAUAUUGUAUGGGUUAGUUUGGGAAUCUAAGGAUUUGUACAGAUCAAUAGGUAUUGGUUUUUCAGUGAGA